AUGUCCGCGGACGAAAUCGCUUCCAAGACACAGGAAAUGAGCCUUAACGAAAACUUUUUGUUUGUCGACGAGGCCGCCGGCUCCGACGAGACUGGUAGCGGAGUUCAGACCGCGCCGUUCAAGACCGCUGUGGCGGCUGUUGCAGCGAUCGCCGGCAUGCCUGCUGAGAAGCAGGCGUCCUUCAAGGUCCAGGUGAAGAAGGCUGGCAGCGACGAGUAUGCCGAGAUCACUGCAUCUGCGCUGAAGAAGGCCAAGAAGACGCAUGACCUCAACAUCAAGAAGGCGAAGAAGCAGGCCGAGCAGGCCGCCAAGGAGUCGGAGCAGGCUGCUGCCAAGCAGGCCGAGGAGCAGCGCAAGCUGGAUGAGAGCAAGAAGAUUGUGCUCACCGAGGACGCGUCUCUGCCGGCCGCCAAGCAGAUCAAGAUCCGGGACGGCGCCGCCAACCGCAACACGCGUGUCAAGGUGUUUGGGUGGGUCAACCGGCUGCGCGUGCAGGGCAAGGACAUGAUGUUCAUUGUGCUGCGUGACGGCAGUGGUUUCCUGCAGUGUGUGCUGACCAACCGCCUGUGCCACACGUACGAUGCGCUUACUCUAACGCUCGAGUCGACGGUUGCGCUGUACGGUGAGCUGAAGGAGGUGCCUGAGGGCAAGACGGCUCCGGGCGGCCACGAGCUGAUCGUUGACUACUGGGAGGUUGUCAGCAAGGCGCCGGGCGGCGACGAUGCAGUGACGAACAUCCUGAACUCGGAGUCCGAUCCGUCGAUCAAGUACCACCAGCGGCACCUGGUGAUCCGCGGCGACACGGCGUCAUCGGUGCUGAAGGUGCGGUCGCGUGUGAUGCGCGCGUUCCGCGACCACUUUGACAGCGCUGGCUACUACGAGGUGACGCCGCCGUGCAUGGUCCAGACGCAGGUUGAGGGGGGCUCGACACUGUUCUCAUUCAACUACUACGGCGAGAACGCGUACCUGACGCAGUCGUCGCAGCUGUACCUGGAGACAUGCCUGCCGUCGAUGGGUGCUGUGUACACAAUCUCCGAGUCGUACCGCGCCGAAAAGUCCAACACGCGCCGCCACCUUUCGGAGUACUCGCACUGUGAGGCUGAGAUCCCGUUCAUCUCGUUCACCGACCUGCUCGACGGUAUCGAGAACAUGGUCAAGGACGUCGUGAACCGCGUGUGGGCCGAGCCGGAGACGCGCGCCAUGAUUGAGGAGCUCAACCCGGGCUUCAAGCCCAUCACCGACGAGCCGUUCCUGCGCAUGCGCUACGAGGAUGCCAUCAAGACUUUGAGUUUCGGUGACGACAUCCCCGAGUCGCCCGAGCGCUUCAUGACCGACACCAUCGGCAAACCUAUUCUGCUCACGCACUUCCCUGGCCCCAUCAAGGCCUUCUACAUGCCGCCCACCGAGGAGGACCCGCGCGUCACCGAGUCUGUUGACCUGCUGAUGCCGGGUGUCGGCGAGAUCGUCGGCGGAUCCAUGCGUAUCUGGGACUACGACACGCUGCUUGCUGCCUACAAGCGCGAGGGCCUGGACCCGGCUCCCUACUACUGGUACCUGGACCAGCGCAAGUACGGCACGUGCCCGCACGGCGGUUUCGGCCUCGGCGUCGAGCGGUUCCUUGCCUGGCUCACCAACCGGUUCACUGUCAGAGGACUGCUGCCUGCGCCUGCCUGCUUUUGA